GGAAAGUUCAAUCCAUAUUCCAUAAUCUUAUUCAGAUCAGCUUAGAGCUCCAAAUCUCUGCAAGAAUGGGGAAAGCUGUAGGUGCUCUCAUUUGUCUUUUAAUCGUUGUUAUGGACAUUGUAGCAGGAUUACUUGGCAUUCAAGCCGAAAACGCACAGAACAAGGUGAAGCAUUUAAGGAUGUGGAUUUUUGAGUGUAGAGAACCAAGUGAAGACGCGUUCAAGUUAGGAUUGGCUGCAGCAGCAAUUCUGGCUAUAGCGCAUGUAAUUGCAAACUUGCUGGGUGGUUGCAUCUGUAUCUUUUCCAAAGACGAAUUGGAGAGAUCUUCUGCCAACAGGCAAUUAGCAGUGGCUUGCCUCUUCAUCUCAUGGAUAAUGGUAGUCGUUGGAUUUGCGAUGCUGAUCAUAGGGGCAUUGGCAAACUCAAAAUCCAGGGACUCUUGUGGGUUUUCACAUCAUCAUUUCCUGUCCAUCGGAGGUAUAGUAUGCUUCGUUCAUGGACUAUUUUGUGUUGCUUAUUAUGUUUCUGCCAAUGCCACCGUCGGAGAAGAAGAAAAGUGGAAUCGCAAGGGAAGCGGAGGGGGUGCCCAAAUGGCCGAAAGAGGGCACCAUGCCCAUAGAGCCCAAGCUCACCACCCUUAA